AUGACCUCAGAGGCAGUUCACUUUGUGGAUGAACUAGGGUGUUGGCAGUGGAAUGUACUGGUUUUUUUCCUCUCUGGAAAUACACAGCAGUGGAUAGCUUGCAAUCUUUGUAUUGAAAUUGGAGGAAAAACAGUGCUUGAAAUAUUGCGGAACAACUCCAAAUUGGAAGCCCUUUAUGCUUAUGAAAUUUUAUAUUUCAAGUUAUCUGAUGUAGCUGUUUGCUCAUCAAAUUCUUCUUUUUCAUUAGCUGUUUGCUCAUCAACUUAUUCUUCGUUUUCAUUUCCUAUCAUUCUGAAAAUUGCCACUGAGCUUGAACUGUGGCAGGAAACCUUUAGAUCUGUUGAAGAUAUACAUGGGUUGAUGUGCAUGGUCAAGAAAACUCCGAAACCAUCCUUGAUGACGGUUUACUAUGUUAAGUUGACUGAAAUAUUUUGGAUAUCUUCAAGUCAUUUAUAUCAUGCAUAUGCAUGGUUCAAGCUCUUUUUGUUACAAAAAAGUUUCAACAAAAAUCUGAGUCAGAAGGAUCUCCAGUUAAUAGCUUCAUCUGUUGUUUUAGCUGCACUUUCAGUGCCUCCUCAUGAUCGCACUUACAGUGCAUCUCAUUUAGAGCUAGAGCAUGAAAAGGAGCGGAAUUUGAGGAUGGCUAAUCUUAUAGGCUUUAAUCUUGAAACUAAGCCUGAGAGCAGAGAAAUGCUCUCAAGGUCAUCACUUCUCGCUGAACUGGCAUCAAAGGGUGUGUUGUCUUGUGUUUCACAAGAAGUGAAAGACAUUUACUAUCUUUUGGAACAUGAAUUUCUACCCUCGGAUCUUGCACUAAAAGUACUACCCUUGCUAAAUAAAAUUUCAAAAUUAGGGGGUAAGUUUACCUUUGCUUCAUCAGUUCCAGAGGUGCAAUUUUCGCAGUAUGUCCCAGCACUUGAAAAGUUAGCUACCUUGAGGUUACUACAACAGGUGUCUAAUGUGUACCAAACAAUGAAGAUUGAUAACCUUGCUGGGUUGAUCCCUUUCUUUGAUUUUUCCGUUGUGGAAAAGAUUUCUGUCGAUGCUGUUAAGCAGAAAUUUCUAUCAAUGAAAGUCGACCACAUGAAAAAUGUUGUUAUUUUCUGUAAGACGAGUCUUGAGGCUGAUGGCUUGAAGGAUCACUUGGCUAGUUUUGCUGAACAAUUGAAUAAGGCAAGGCAAUUGAUUUGUCCUCCUGAUAGGAAACAAUCAAAACUUGGAGCCUUGCUCCCGACCUUGUCUGAGGUUGUGGCCAAAGAACACAAGAGGCUCCUUGCUCGGAAAUCAAUUAUUGAAAAGAGGAAAGAGGAACAAGAACGACAGCUUCUUGAAAUGGAACGCGAGGAGGAGUCGAAGAAGUUAAGACUGCAGAAAGUUAAUGAUGAAGCCGAGAAAAUACGACUUGAAAAAGAGUCUGAGUUGAGGCGAAAGCAAAGGAUCCAAAGGGAAAUGGAGGAAAAAGAAAAGGAAGAAGCACGGCUUUUACUUGAGGAACAUGAAAAGCGUUUUAAGUUAAAGGGUAAAAAGGCCCCCCCCAUAGAUAAGGCCAACCUUUCUAGGCAGACCUUGUUACAGAUAAGUUUGAUUGAACAACAAAAACAGAGACAAGAUAUUGAGAAGAAACUGCAGAAAUUAGCUAAAACCAUGGAUCAUUUGGAAAGAGCAAAGAGAGAAGAGGCUGCUCCACUUAUUGAAGCUGCAUAUCAACAGCGCCUAGUGGAAGAGAGGAUUCUUCAUGAGCGUGAACAGCAAAUGGAGGUUGAACUGAGCAAACAACGUCAUGCUGGAGAUCUCCAUGAGAAGGAGAGGCUUAGUCGAAUGAUGGGCAAUAAAGAGAUAUAUCAAGAGAAAGUUGUCAGUCAUCGCCAAGCAGAAACUGAUAGACUUAAGAAAGAAAGGGAGGAUCGCAUCUCUAGGAUUUUACAAUCCAGAAAACAGGAGAGGGAAAAGAUGAGGAAGUUGAAGUAUUUUCUUCAGGUUGAAGAAGAGAGACGACAAAAAUUGCGUGAGGCAGAAGAAGCUCAGAAGCGUCAAGAGGCAGAGAGAAAAAAGAAGGAACAGCUUGAACACCAAGCAAAAUUGGAUGCGAUAGCUGAAAAGCAGAAGCAAAGGGAAAGAGAAAUUGAAGAAAAGGCUGAGAGGGAAAAGAGGGAAGCAUUGUUGGGGAGACCUAUUGAACCUGCUCUGAGACCUUAUGAGCCUCCUGCCCGUCCAUUGGAGUCUGGUGCUGCUCCUGCUGCAGCUGCUGCAUCCUCAGCUCCAGGGAAAUAUGUUCCCAAGUUCCGGCGAGGAGGUGCUGAUACCACAAGAGCUCCUCCUCCAGAAGCAGAUCGUUGGGGCAACAGUAGCAGCAAGCCAGAUGGUGACAGGUGGGACCGCAACUCUUCAUUUGGUUCUGGCGGGGGUAAUUUAAAGGGUCUCUACUUUGAUCGCUUCUUAAUAGCAAGGAACCUUGGAUCAAAGGAUGUGUUGUGCCUUAGUGAUUCUGAACAUGCCUUGGACUUGAUUGUUUAG